GUUCAAAUGUCAGGCAAUAAUGAAAAUACUGAUUUGGAUGAGAAGCUCGCUGAAGCCAAGUCACUGCUGAGAUCCAAGUUCAUUGUUAAAGCACUGACGAUACUUGAAGAAUGUUGCAGCAAAUGUGAACAGACUUACGGUGAAAUGACCAGGGAAUGUGUUCCCUCGUACUAUUUAAUGGCACUAGCACUUUUAGAUUACUACUACAGCUCCGAAGCUCCUGCUGAUGAUGUUCCUGGAACAAGUUCAACUUCGCAUGAUAUUAAAAGUGAAACAGAAUCUGAACUUUGUUCAAAUAUGUUCUUGGUUAACGGCGAUAUUGGUUCUAUCUCUAAUAAGCCGAGCACGGCAGAUAACUCGUCGAUACAUCCUGGGUCAACAGACGAAGAAAAUUCUGACAUCGAAAAGCUUAUUUCAAAUCUGGAAACAGAGAUUGAAGCGCGAGUUCUGAAUGAAUCCAGUUUUGAGGGAUCUCGAAAGAGGAAAUCAACAGUAGAUGAAUCAGUGAUAGAAGAAAGCGAGAAGCUUCUUGCUGAGAUUGAUUCUGUAAUGGAAAGUAAAGACGAUAAUCAGAAACGCAGCAAGAUUCAAAAAUCAAAUGGACUCAACCGUAGUAGUGGCCACGCUUGUGCUGAUGUUGUUAGUUUUGGUACUAAUGAUUCACCUGCCAAUGAUGAAUAUUUUGAAGACAACUGCGUGCAGUUUGAAGAUGACGAUUGUUCCGAAAAUGAAGAAAAUAGCGAAGCAGAGUUAGUUUCAAGCCUAGAAGAAAGCAAGCUAUAUUUUCGUAAAGUUUGUGAAAUUGUAGAACAACUUACAACUCCGGAAAAUGCAUCUAAGUCACCACUCCCUGAGCUGAAAUGUUUGGCGAACUCAUAUCUUCGAUUGGCAGAAAUUCAUUUAGAAAAUAAUGAACCCGCAGAGGCUCAAAAGCACGCUGAAAAUUGUUUGAAACAUGCAUUGAAAACCGAACCAUGUGAUCAUAGAUUUGUGUCUGAAGCUUAUUUCACGGGAGCGAAUUUAGCACACCGUUUGAGUGAAAAUGAAAAGGCAAUGAAAAUGUUCGCAGAAUGUAAGAACUACCUGAAUUGUCGGAUAGACUUGCUUUCAAAGUCAGAGCCGAUUAGUGAAAAGGAAAAGGCUGAGAUCGAAGAAAUCAAUGAGGUUCUUAGAGAUGUUUCAAAAGCUAUAACGACUGACGAAGCUUAGAGUUUCUGAGGCUAUUGAUGACGUUAGUUUCUUAAUGUUUUCUAGCUUUGAUAUAUUCUCUAAAUUAGUUCUUCAACAUUGUAAGUAUUGGUUUAAAUUUGUGUACGGCUUGAUUUAUUGAAACUUGAUUAAUUGAAACAGUUUAGUAUAGUUUUAGCAUUUACUCUUGCGAUCUGAGUAUGUUUUGCAACCGGGUGCUUAUCUUUUUACCGCUAGUCUGUCAAGAAGAAUGCUUUCCUGGGUCCAUCCACUCGGCAUCUUAAGUAAGUUAUUUGGAUGCCAGUGGUAUUAUUUUGUCGAGGUACAGUAAUCUGUAUAUUCAGUAGGUGCAUACUUGACUAGUGCAAAAAUCUUCAUAUUUUGACCAAUCCUUAAAAGCAUCUUGGACAUGCUAUGAGGGCUCUGCUGAUUUCAUUUUCACAAAACAUAAGUUAGGCAUAAACCUAACUAAGGAGGUGCAAGUGAAUAGUAAAACUUCUAUAUGAAUUAAAUUGCGCUUUAGUUUUUUUGUGAUC